AUGGGCUCAGGAGUGACGUCGAGCUUGUCCAAUGUGGCAUCUCUGCCUGCAGGUGCAUUAACCGCGGAGGACGACGGCUGCGCUGCAGAGCGGGACGCGACGGCAAGGACAGCGAGCCGCCGCAACAAUACGUCGCUGCUCGUCUCGAACAGCAUCUGCUUGUCCCGCGGCGUGGGCGACCACAUGCACUACCUGCUCUUUACGAACGCCACGGGGGAGCUGCAGAUGCGCCGAGACGCCAUGUACGCUUGUGAUCCUACGCACUGCUGCAAGUUUCUGCUGCUGCUAGAGCUCACCCCUCUUGUGUGUGUGUCCGUCCAGCUUCCACAUGCUCCGGCUGUGGAGUCACUGCUCGGUGCACCUGUCAGUGCUGACAGGAGAGCUCCGCGUCCAUCGCAAGUCGAGAGUCGAGGCGCAAGUCUUCCCGCUCACGAUGUACACUGGCGCCUCCGUCCACCGCAAACGGCCCAACAUCUUCAAGGUGCGAUCGAGUCUCUUAAGCGCUGUACUGUUGCACUCGGACACUAUUCUAACAGCUCUCCGUCGCAGAUCUUCUUCUCCGGCCACGACGCGCUGCUGUUCCGCACCGCCGAGCCCCGCGACGCUGCGCUCUGGGUGGAAGCUCUCGACUACACGAAGGAGUUCACGUGGCACCUCUGGCCGUAG